AUGAAUCUAUCUAUACUUAUACCGCUUCUUAACGAAGAGGAAUCACUAAAAGAACUCUAUUCGUGGAUUAUUAAAGUGAUGCAAUCUAACAAUUACUCUUAUGAAAUCAUUUUUGUAGAUGAUGGAAGUACGGAUGAUUCUUGGAAUAUUAUCGAAAGUUUUUCUAACGAAAACCCUAACGUAAAGGGAAUUCGUUUCAUGAAGAACUUUGGAAAAUCACAGGCCCUUCAUGCUGGUUUUGCAAAAGCGCAAGGAGACGUUAUUAUUACUAUGGAUGCCGAUUUGCAGGAUAGCCCGGAUGAGAUUCCAGGAUUAUACGAAAUGAUCACGGCUCAAAAAUUUGAUUUGGUUUCGGGCUGGAAAAAGAAACGUUACGACUCUGUAGUGGCAAAAAACCUUCCGUCUAAACUUUUUAACUGGGCAGCCAGAAAAACUUCAGGGGUUGAAUUGAAUGAUUUCAACUGCGGAUUAAAAGCCUACAAAAAUACUGUGGUAAAAAACAUUGAAGUUUCGGGCGAGAUGCACCGAUACAUUCCUGUUUUGGCCAAAAAUGCCGGUUUUAAUAAAAUUGGCGAAAAAGUGGUGAUUCACCAGGCACGUAAAUAUGGCGAAACCAAAUUUGGAAUGGAACGUUUUAUAAACGGUUUCCUUGAUUUAAUCACAAUUUGGUUCUUGUCAAGAUUCGGAAAAAGACCAAUGCACCUAUUUGGAGCAAUGGGUUCUCUGA